AUGGAUUCGCAAGUGGUGGAGGGGAUGGGAGUGUUGGGACGGGAGGGCUGCGCCGGCUGGAAGGACCCGGCUCUGGUGGGAGCCUCGCAUGUGACCGCGCCCGGCGACGGCGCCAGCGGAUCCACGGGAAAGAGUGACCCUUGUCUGGGGCACGGAUUAUCGGCUGAUGGGCAGCCCGGCCCCGGAGCUGCCUUGCUGGGGGGAGAGGCAGCAGUGAGCGAGAUCGCUGGAGGCCAGGCGCAGGGGGCCGUGCAGGGAGGGGCCGGCCACGGGAGCGCUGGGCCCGCGGGGUCGGAUGGGGGAAAGGGCGGCGGCGACCGGCGCAAACCGAGGAACCGAGACGCGCAGAAGUCGUUCCGCAUGCGGCAGAAGCAACGCAUAGCGGACCUGGGCAGCGAGAUACGGCGCCUGGAGGAGAAG